GCCAAUGUGCGGGGGGUUUGGGGCUCGGAUGACUCGGUCAGGUUGCGGAUGCUGGCCUUUCACGGUCUCGUUUGGGGCCACGCUUUGUCGCGUUCGUGAACCGUGAUGGACGGUGGUGGUGAUGCAUGAAUGAACGGUCCGAAGUCGUCCGGAGUUCCCUCUCGUCUGGACGACGACAGGAGUGGACGGCCCGUGAGUAGGCAUUACGACGACACUCAAUUGGUGUUUCUGGGACACUCGGCAGCUCGCGAUAUCCGCUGCUGGGCGACGAGCAGCACGGCCUACGGCAUGUUGCAUGUUGGCCGCCAUCGCAGGGGUUCAGACAGCGAGACGAUCCGUAAUGUUUGGCCGCUUCAUCAGUCGUUCCCCGGCCGCGAAGCCGUGGAUGGGACACACGUUUACGAGGUGGGGGAGGCCGGGAGGCUUUGGUCUGAUGAUGGUGAACGUGAAGUCGCAAGAAGACGAUUCACAAGAAGACGAUUCACGAGGGCGUCGUCACUGCCGACGACGACGACAUGCUCCAGCAGCAACAGCUACGGCCGAGACAAAAACAGAGUAGCGGCCUCGGUCCUUGUAUGAGUGAGUGAGAAGCAUCCCCCGGUUCUCUGCUGUGGCUGUUGGCUGCCAUGCGAGUGCUGUAAACCGUGUAAGCGGUGCAAACCACGGCGCCCCGGGUCGAGACAUGGCGCAAGUUGCGCCGGACAACUCUUGUUUCUUUCUUUCUUAUUUCUUCUAGUGCGUCCAGGCCCCGGGUACCCGAAGCGCAAACGGAGAUGAGAAAGAAAGCGUCAGAUGUCGAGAGG